GGGCAGCGGGUGCAGCGAGCACGAACAGGAAGCGGAACGAAAGUGGAGCCGAGCUCAGCAAACCUCUCACGCCAAUUGCGGUCCUUGCGUUCAAUUGACCUCAAACUCCCCGAUCAAUCGACGCCAGCACACACCGUGGUCAAUCGGGGCCACAGCCAGCAGAGACGGCAAUUUUCGAAUUCGUGCAGCAUCCCAUUUCGCCAUGCUGUCCAGAGCUGCCCGCCCGGCGCUGAGGGCCGGUGCUGCCGUUUCGUCCCGAGCGGCAGCUCCGACAGCCACCUACGCGACCCUGCGUGAAAUUGAGGGCCGCCUCAAGUCGAUUCGCAACAUCGAGAAGAUCACCAAGACCAUGAAGAUCGUCGCCUCCACCAAGUUGACGCGUGCGCAGCGUGCCAUGACCGACUCGCGCAAGUACGGCGAGACCAGCAACCAGGUGUUCGAAUCGGCCGAGACCAAGCCGCUCGAGGGCGAGGGCAAGAAGAAGCUGCUGGUCGUCUGCAGCUCCGACAAGGGUCUUUGCGGUGGUGUCCACUCCGGUCUGUCUCGUUACAUCCGCCGGAGGGCGCUCGAGGACUCCAACUUCGACCUCGUGAUUCUCGGCGAGAAGUGCCGCUCGCAGCUGCAGCGCACCAACGCCAAGGAGAUCGUUCUCAACUUCGCUGGCGUUGGCAAGGACGUCCCCACCUUCGCCGAGGCCCAGGCUAUCGCCGACCAGAUUGUCAUGCUCCCCGGCGACUACUCCGACGUUGAGAUCAUCUACAACAAGUUCCUCAACGCUCAGAGCUACGAGCCCACCGUUCUCCCGGCUUACAGCGAGGAGGCCAUUGCUGCGUCCCCCAACUUCGCCGCCUUCGAGGUCGACGAGGAGCUGCUCUCCAACCUCCGCGAGUACUCUCUUGCCAACUCCCUCUACUGGGCUCUGUCCGAGGGCCACGCCUGCGAGAUUUCUGCCCGCCGCAACGCCAUGGACAAUGCCUCCAAGAACGCCGGCGAGAUGAUUAGCAAGUACCAGAUUCUCUUCAACCGCACCCGCCAGGCCGUCAUUACCGGCGAGCUGGUCGAAAUUAUCACUGGUGCCACCGCCUCGGAGGAUAUGUAAGCGGGUUAGAGCGCAUAAUUCCCAUAGACCGAGCAGACAGAGAGGGGUACGUGCAGCGAGCGGGGGUUUGGGCGGUUGCGGCGGUGAGGAGUUUCGUCUUCUUUUUUCACCUCCGUAGAAAAGACCACAGCGGGGAGAAAGAGAAGGGUGUGUUCCCUUUGUAUAUCAAGUAGCAGAGCCUUCGCGCUGCAUCCGGCCCUCAGUGUAUCAACGCCUUCCGAAUACCAAGUUCCUUGCCCAU